AUGGCAGUGUCCAACUUAGCAGUCAACUCAACUCUCAUCCAAGAUAAGUUGGGGGCACAACAUCUGGUAUUCUACACGUCAAAAGCACUCCUCGAUGAAAGAAACCCCGACGCUUCUCAGCGGCUCAUGAAAUGGGCUAUUGAACUCAGUCAGUACAACCUCUUCUACCGGUCGAAGAUUGCUAUAAAAGCCCAAGUUUUAGCUGAUUUUGUUAUAGAGUUUACUCCAACAGCUGAAGAAGAGAAGCUGGUCAUAAAAAACAAGGAAAAUUCGAAAGUAGACGAUACCUCAUUCACAGAUCUAGACCUGCCCAAAGACAUGUGGCAAUUAUGCGUAGACGAAGCAUCAAAUCAUAAUCGAGCUGGAGCAGGAGUUGUCAUAAUCACCCCAAAUGGAACUUUGUUGGAGAAGGCCAUCACACUGGGCCUUCCAACUUCAAACAAUGAAGCAGAAUAUGAGCCAUUGCUCGCCGAAUUGCGCCUAGCAAAAGCACUAUUGAUAAAGAAAUUGGCCAUCUACUCAAACUCCCAAUUGAUUACAAAUCAAGCUUCAGGAGAGUACAUGGCAAAACAUCCGAGAAUGGUUAAGUAUCUCGACAAUGUCCAAGAAUUUUUGAAGGAAUUCCCCACUUUCACCAUUCAACAAAUUCCUCAGGCAAAGAACGCUCAUGCAGAUGCACUGGCAAGCCUAGGAUUAGCGCUGGACACCCAGUUCAAAUGCUCCAUCCUGAUCGAACACCACUACCAGCCAAGCAUUGAAGAAAUAGAGCAAGUAGACUCAAUGCGAAUUGAUGAGGACCUUAGCGGGCAAGACACCAUCAUUGACUACUUGGCAAAUGGAAAUCUGCCGAUGAAUAGGGUAAGGCAAAGCAUGGUAAGGUAUGGCAAGGUAAAGCCAAACCCCAAAAAAUAG